AUGCAAUCAACAUAUACUUAGAAUCAAAGUUCAUAAGAUUGGAAAACAAAAAAAGUAGAUAAUUUUGUAGUCGUCAAUAUGAAAUUAGGAAAGGGAUAAUUUGGAACAGUAUAUCGUGGACAUUAUAAGGAUGAUUAAACAAAAUAAGUAGCAAUUAAGACUAUUCCUAUGCAUGUAAUAAUAUCUAUUUAAUUAUUUUGUAUAGGUUGUGCAAAAUAGUGAAUAAUUGUAGUAACACAUUAAAAGAGAGAUUUCUAUUCUAACAAAAAUAGAUCAUCCUAAUAUUGUCAAAUUGAUUCAUGUUACAAAGACAACUUCUAAUUUGUAUAUGAUUUUAGAAUUUUGUAAGGAUGGAGAUUUGGCUGAAUAUCUAAAUAAAAAAUUAGAUAAAAGAUUAUCAGAAUUAGAAGCUGUCAUCUUCUUUAAACAUGUUAUAAAAGGAUUUGAAAUCUUACAUUAAGAAAAAGUUAUUCAUAGAGACAUUAAACCUUCAAAUAUCCUAUUGAAUGAUGGAGUGGCAAAAAUUGCUGAUUUUGGAUUCGCAAGAAUUAUUGAAUCAGAAAUAGAUAAAAUGAAUCUUAGCAGAGUAGGUUCUCCUAUAUAUAUGGCUCCAUAAAUUUUGGAAGGUACACAUUUUACUUCUAAAUGUGAUAUUUGGUCUAUUGGAGUUAUGUUUUAUGAAUUAUUAUAUGGAGUGACUCCUUGGAUUGCCAAUGGAUAAUGUGAAUUAUUAGAAAAGAUUACAACUUAACCUCUUUAAUUUCCAGAGAUUCCUGUUAGAAGUUAAAAAGUUAAGAAUUUAUUAAAACGUAUGUUAACUGUAAAUGAAGCUGAUCGUAUAAAUUGGGAAGACUUAUUUACAAAUGAAAUCAUUGUAAUAGAUGAAAAUUAAAUUCAUUACAAUAUGUAAUAAAUGGAAAAAGAAAAGGAUAGAUUAAUGAGAUCAAUAAGUCUUAAUAAAAUAUACAUAAAUCAAAAUUUGAUUCUUGGAUAUAUGAAGGAUAUUAAUAAAAUUGAAGAAGAAUAAUCAGAUGCUAAAUUAGCUGGUUAAUAACCUGUUUAUAAUGAUAUAUUUUAAUAAUAUAAUGCUGAAUCUGAAGAAGCAAAAACAAUUUAAAAAUUAAACACUAUAUGCAAAUAUGAAAGAAAUUUAGCAUUUUUUUAUAGUUUCCUUAUUUAAGGUUUGUUUUCUAUGUUAUAAUAAAAGGUUAUGCCUAUAUCCAUUGAAUUAUGUUUUCAACUUAUUUUCUGUAUCUCCAAAAAUUAACUUAUUAAAAUGGAAGAACUCUAUAGAGAAAUAAGUAAAUCUCAAAAUCCUGAAUAUGAAAUAUACAUGAGAUCUUAAGAAUUUAAAUAAAUGUGUAAACAUCUUUAAAUGGAUAUUGAUUAAGCUAUGAAAUUCUUUGUUGAAAUUUUAAGAAAAUGUUUAAGUCUAUAAAAUUAAGCCAAAUAAAUUGUUCUUAAUGAAUAACCAAAAGAAUUUUACUAAUAAUAUUUAUGCAUUUUAGAUAAUAAUUUGACUUUGACUGAUUAAUUUUAAUAAAUUUAUUAUGGUACUGUGAAAUUAGUCUUGGAUAAACUAACAUCUGAAACUGUAGAAUUAAUGAAACUAAAGUUUUAUUUAAAUAUCUGUUUGAAUCCAAAAGUGAUUUUUACAGAUUACAAUUAUGACUUUAGUAGGUUUUAUGAAGAAAUUCAAUAUGCAACUAUUGAAGAUUGGAAAAAAGCCCUUAAAAAGUUCAAUUGA